UUAUGAGAAAAUAACGAAAGCCUAAUUAAACUGUCACAUAAUUUAACUUAAUUUGAUAUGAAAAAUAUUAUAAAUUAAUAGGAAUUACCAGACCCUAACGAAUCAAUGGGAGAGUUUAUAUAUAUUUUUUUUAAUUAUUUGCCUCAAUGGCCCACUGAAGCUGUGACGUCAAUUUGUGCGUCUUGUCACGUUCACACACCGUUUUCACGCUCUGGGCCAUUGCACGACAAUUCGUAAUAAAGGCAACCGAUACAGGAAGGCACUGAGAAAGAGAGAGAUAAGGUUGAGAUAAAACCCCAGGGAGACGCUUUUGACUUUGCACUUUUUUCCAGCUGCCUCUGCCGCCCCGUGAGAGUAGACCAGCCAGCAAACCGGCAGCAGAGCAAACACACCGAAGAAGCGCCGUCGCCGACUUGGCCAAGACUGGUCUUGGUCUUGGUCUUGGACUUGGCCGAGACGAGGCGAGACAGUGAGGCGAUCUUACCUGGUGGCCGAGGCCAUUUCGGAGUGGCAGUCAACGGGCACAUCUCAAGCGUUGCAGUCGCUUUCCAUGCGGACUCCACUUUAAAGCCAAAAAUCGUUUUAGUCUCGUCUUGUCUCGUGUAUAUAUUAUUUUUGGCCAACAUCUGCGUGUUCGCCAAUAGAUUGGCGUGAAAGUGGUUCAGAUUAAACCGAAAUAACUCAGGAAACGGCAUCAGUGACUACAAUUGUCAAACACAGUAAUCGAGGAGUCGCUGAGCCUUCAUUAUGUUUCUCACAAAGAGUUCAAGUGCGCGGCACUCGCUGCUGCUGCUUCUGCUGGCCCUCUGUUGCCUGUCCAGCGCCUUUGGUGCCAAGAUAACCAAGAAGGUGGUGAAGGAGCCAUCGGAAACUGGGGAAAAAUCAGAGACGGAGUCGGAUGCUGAUGCUACUGCAUCUCCACCUGAGGAGGCAAACGAUGAAGAUGACGAGGAGGAUGAUGACGACGACGACGACGAUGACGAGGAGGAGGAGGCUGCAUCUGCAGACAAAGAAGCAGAAGCAGCCACAUCAACUACGUCGUCGGGUAACCACAAGAACCCCAAUGCAGUCCAGGCCUCCACGGAUCCCACAGAUCUCAGUGUCUGGGGCAUGGUGCGUACUCUCUGGGGCUGGCUGCGCAGCGAUCUGAGUGAAAGCCUAUUUGGCGGCGAUGACGACAGCGACGACGGAAAGCCCGCGUCCGGGAGCUCAGCUGUGGAGGGUCGUACCUUUGGCAAGAUUCGUCGCCUUCAAAUGGCUCUGAUACAUAUCUUCAAGUUUGGAGUGCUCUCUGCCAUGGUUGCCUUCUUAGUGGCCAUUGGCAUGAAGUCGCUGUUCCUGCUCAAGGUCCUCGUGGUGAUGAAUGCCAUCGCCAUUCUGGGCAAGUUCAUCACUCUGAAGUCUAGUCUCUUCGGACAGUACGAGCACACGGCGCCGUCGUUUAACUAUCCCGGCUGGAACCCGCAUGCCAAGGAGUCGUGGAGCAACACGGAAUUGGCAGCGGACUGGGGCCAUCCGCCCAGCAAGGAGAUCCACCUGCACAUCCAUGGUAAUGCCCAGACCCAGGCUCAGUUGGCCGGUCAGGGCUACCAGUAUGAGUCGCAGUCCGGCGGUUGGGCCAGUCGCUCGGAUCCCUAUGGAGCCUACGCUCCCACGGACCAGUUCUCCGCUGAUGGCCAGCAGUCGGAGGCGGGAGUGGUCCGGGAGGGAGUGCCUAAUACAACAGAUCCCAUGUCCUUGCUGCCAACGAAAUACCGAGCGAGGACCUUCAUCCGAUGAUGAGGAUUCAGUUAGGAGAGCUGUUCCAAAUGGGUUCCGCAUGGAAGUCAACGACCACCGCUAGCACACACACACCUUUAGUCAGCGACUUUUCGAGGACGCAGCUUUACGUACACCUAAAACUAUAGAGUUACGAGCUUAGUUUUAAAUUAAAUUAUUUCCCCCA